ACGUGCCUGUGUGGUCACAGGUUCAAAAUCAGCGAGUAUCUGAGGGAGCGCCGAGGCGAGCGGUCGUGCUGUGGCGAGCGCUCGAGUCCACAGUAUAAAUAAAACACGCCAUCCACAGAAUCGUCAUCAUGCGAUGGGCUUUAUUGAUAGCAGUAUCGCUAUGCAUCAUUGUAAACAGCCAUUUCAACGCAGAAGCUUCCGAUUUGUUUGACCCAAGUGUCAUUCAGGUAGAAGGAACACGAAAUGAACAUCUCUCGGAACCCGCUUCGAAGGCACAGGCUGCACAAACAGGGCGCAGCAUUGUUAUAAUUAAUAAUGACUUCGUGCUGGAUGGGAAGCCGACGCGGAUAAUAUCAGGAUCACUCCACUACUUCAGGUUGCCUGCAGAGUACUGGCGGGACCGUCUGCGGAAACUGAAAGCUGCUGGACUCAACUCAGUAGCAACAUAUGUGGAGUGGAGUUACCAUGAGCCCGAAGAAGGGCAGUAUUUGUUUGAGGGCGACAGAGAUGUCGCCAAAUUCAUUCGUACGGCAGCCGAAGAAGGCCUAUAUGUUCUUCUACGAGUUGGCCCAUACAUCUGCGCUGAACGAGACCUCGGUGGUUUUCCGUAUUGGCUGCUCGGUAAAUACCCAAACAUUAGGCUGAGAUCUACGGAUAAAGAUUAUAUAGCAGAAUCUGGAAAAUGGUUGGACAAAUUCUUCGAACAAACAUCUUCCUUGCUGUACGGGAAAGGAGGUCCAAUAAUUUUAGUUCAGGUAGAGAACGAGUAUGGUAGCUAUGGCAACAACAUGAAUUAUCGAGUCCAAGUCCGCAACAUGCUCAAGAGCCACGUCGGGACCAACGCUCUCCUCUACACAACAGACGGAAAUGCAGGGUCAUUCUUCAGAAAUGGCGCCGUUCCUGAAACUCUCACCACCAUCGAUUUUGGUCCCCGCUCAAAUGUACAACAAUCAUUCAAUGAAUUGCGACAGUUUAUGCCCACGGGUCCUUUGAUGAAUUCUGAGUACUACACGGGGUGGCUAACACACUGGGGCGAGCGUCUCGCCGUCACCAAAGCAGAGGACGUGGCCAAGACCCUUGGCGACAUCAUUAGUUACGGCGCCAACGUCAACUUUUAUAUGUUCUUCGGGGGCACCAACUUCGAAUACACUGCCGGGGCAAACUUCUUUGGUACGUUCCAACCAGACAUCACAUCGUAUGACUACGAUUCACCGAUAACGGAGGCCGGAGAUCUUACUCCCAAAUACCAUCUUAUAAGGGAGAAAUUAAAGGAGCACAACUUUGUUAAUGACAGCAUUGAAAUACCGCUAAAUAGCCCUAAAGGUAAUUAUGGGCCCGUGAAUGUUACUGCCACACUGAGCUUACUAAGUCCUGAGAGUCGCUCGCAACUAGGCAAAAAGUAUCCUGAUGUAACUGGCCCAAAACUACCAACCUUCGAGGGUCUUCGUCAACGAGCAGGCCUCAUGCUAUAUGAAACAACACUUACCGAAGCUGAUGACCUGUUACACAUAAAAUCCCCAAGAGAUAUGAUUUUCGUGUUUGUAGAUGGCGAAUUCAAAGGUCGCAUCAGCAGAAUUCACAAGAUCUACAGCAUACCGUUGUCAGCAAAGAAUGGUUCAGUAUUAUCGUUGCUAGUAGAACCCCUUGGACGCAUUAACUUUGGCAGAUAUAUACAUGAUUUCAAGGGUAUAUUAAGUGAAGUGGAAUUCAAAAGCAAGACUUUAGAUGGAAAAUGGACAGUGACAGGAUUUCCAUUGGAGACGUUCAAUACAUCUCCAGUGAAUAAUCCUAAUUUGAAAACGCCUACAUUCUAUGAGGGCUACUUCACGCUUCCAGAAGGCAAGGAUCCACUGGACACAUUUGUCGAUACGACUGGAUGGGGCAAGGGCUACAUCUGGGUGAACGGUCACAACCUCGGCAGGUACUGGCCAACAGCGGGACCACAGAUCACGCUGUACUUGCCAGGAGUCUGGCUUAAACCAGCACCAGAAAAGAACCAUCUUCGAAUCUUGGAACUGAACAGGCCUCCACCUGUACUCUCCAUGGACUUUAUAGACUAUCCGAUCCUUAACAGAACUGGAAAUAUCAACUGGUGGAGGGAUUAUCUAGAUUAGUGUACAAUUACGAUUACCAAUAACAAUAAAGUUCAU